CCCCCCCCCCUCCUCGUAUAGUAAUCGUCAACUGUGGCCCCACCCCAGAAACCGGCCCCUGCUUCUUCCCCGCGCUCUCCAUUAUUUUCGGAUCUAGCCCUCCCGUACACCGCAGUUAGCCAAGCCGCUCCGCCUCGUUUCCAUCGCCGCCACCACCGCCUCCCCGUCCGCCUGCCGCCGCCGCCGUGUGGGAGGGGAUACCAGACUUGGGAGGUGACGGCGACGAAGCAGAGAAGGCGCCCACCCUCUCCCCUGCGGCUGUGGCUUGUGCUCGGGGAUGGAUGCGGCGACGGGCGACGGCGACGCACUGCGGCAAUGGCGAGCGACGGGCUCGGCGGGGCUGUCCCCCGCUCGAAUCCGGUGACGACGGUCGUCCUCCGCCCGGAUCCAGUGGCGGCGGGCGUCCCUCGCCUGACCUCGCACGGAUCCACCGGCGGCGGUGGGAGGAGAGCAGCGUGCGGCAGGCCACCUUGCAGUCCUCUCCUCCUCUUCCUCCUCCCGCUUCUUCCUGCCCGCUGCCGUCAUCGUGGUUGUCCUCCACCAGCUUGCCGCGUGGCCGCCGCCGUCUGCCGAUGGACGUCGACUCUGACCCGGCCGCCAAGGGCAAGCCCACCCAGAUGGACCUCGAGGACCAGACUACAGGAAUGCUCUGAAUUUGUGGAGUUUUCUGCACCUCAGCUGACGAUCAUGGGGGAGGCUGCAACUCCAGAGAGGCAGGAGGAUGUUGUCCAGGUGGCGGGUCACGCCUCGUCGACAGCAUAGAUCACACAUGGGCAGAGGAAGCUGUGGAUAGCAUGAUGGGUCUGCUAGCUGCAAGUUCAUUGGGUGGAGCUUUCUCUUGGGGGGUGCUUUUGCCUGCCAUGGCAAGGCCAGCAAGAUGGGAUGAGGCUUCAGCUGGCUAGUGAGGAUGGAGAUGAAAUCAGAAAUUUACUACCUGUGAGCUGAACUCAGGAUUUACUGCCUUUUGUAGUUAAUAAUCAGCGUCGUCGGCCCUGAUCUACGUUGCUAUAUUAGUGCUGGCAUCGAUCGGUAUUGGCAUAUGUAUUAGCGGGUGGUGUUGAUUUGAUUUUGUUUAUUAGUUUUGUGUUUUUCUGCCGAUGUAUCAUUGCGUGCAUUAUCAGAUUGUUGAUGUAACACCGACACUGGAUCAAACAAUUCAUGUUUGUAAAGAAAUUAUUAAAUUGUGGUUAGGUUAAUAAUAUGAAUCAUAAUUUUUUACCUUCA